CAGCGUCCUUUCGCCCCGCAGAAGAAAGUCGACAUUUUGCUCGCUCGAGCGAAUCACGUUCACCAUUCAUCGCUGCCAGUAGCGCUCAGCAAGGCUUCUACAAUUGCUACCGCUUCACCUCAACACGAUCGCCAAACAAUCCAGCCGACUAAGUCAUUCAGUCUGGAGACCGCUCAGACUCGCGACGGCACCGUGUACUGGUCAAAGUGGACGCAAUUCCUCACUCAAGUCGCAUCCACCACCUCCAAGGCUGCGCUUGCACCAUGGCAGCGACAGCGAGAAGGCCGCUGGGCGAUACAUCUAAUCUGCCCAGCGCAUACACUUCGACUCGCCAGACUGACCUUGUCGACCCAUCGACUCCCCGAAAGUACGUGGGUGGCAUCGCAAGUGCCGCUCCUGCACUCGAGGAGGAUUCGCCUCUGCCUGCCCCGCCCUCAAUGACUGCAAGGCUAGGAGGCGGUGGUGUUGCAGGAAUGGGCAACGGGCCAAAGUACGAAGAGGAGGAGGAAGAAGAGGAUGCAGCUCCCCGAGGUGCUGCCAUACUGGGGGAGAGACUGGCAGGCGGCGACCACUUAGGUAGGGGGGACAUCGACGAGGCUAUGGCGAGAGCGUACAAAGCCAAUGCGCUCAACGGAUCGGGAUCCUCCAGUCCGGAACCCAAGAGGGUGCGCUCCAGCGCUGGAAGCCUGCGGCACGCAGCAAGCAGUAGCAGUGCUGAAAACACUCCUCCGGCAGGUCAAGCUUGGAGGGAUGGACACCAAGGACAAAGACAAGAUCUGGGCAGCAGACUCGGCACAAGAAAUUUGGAGAGGAGGACCUCAGCUCAUGGUCGGAGUCUGGGAGGUCUUCUGGGUAUGGGAGCUCCAAGUGAGAAGGCGGACGCGUAUGACGAGGAGCGAUAUAAACACGCACGGAGCACGUCGCAUGCUUCGCGCCCUCCUUUAGGCUCUCAUCGUAGCAGUAACGGCGCAUACUCCAAUCCACGAUCUGGGAUGGACGAAACUUCAGCGCGGGGCUCAGAGGCGCAAAUCCCGCUCUCAGGCGUAAGCUCGAGGCAUGGUCGGGUCUCUUCUAUGGGCACUUCGAUGCUUGCGUCAAUGUCUGAUCGGCACGAGCGAGCGUCGACAGCGCGUCCGUUAGAUAGUCGACUGCGCGGCAAUCAGAGUCCCUCGCCCACCGCGGCCGGCGCUUCUUCGCCACCUGACGAGAAUGUGGUUCCUUCGCGUCGCACUAGUGACGGAUCAGAUCGAUCUAAGCAGAGCCCGCGAGUAGACAGCAGCUCUCCAAGGGAGGUAGCGGCAAGGGAAGCCGCCCAUGUAGGCACAGGCACAGCGUAUGAGACUCCGGCUCAUGCUCGGAGCUAUAGAGCUGGGUCCGCUCUUGCUGCCAGCACUUUGAGACCGACCAAUCCCCCUCGAAGCACCGCUAGAAAUUUGCGCACUAAUGGGCGAGCCAGCUCCACACACGUCCCAGCUAGGAGGGUUCCGGUGGCUAUGCUAGCGCCGGAGCCAGAAGAGGUGGAAUCAUCAGCUUCGCGCUCCGACUCGCCGCAGGAAGCAAGGUCCGCUUCGGAGGCGGACCCCGGGCACGAUGUGGGCGCUGCAGCUCAACGGCCUACAUCUUCAAGACGAGAGCUGAGUAGCUCACCAGUUGAUCGACAGGGCGCGCUUCGACCAUACAGCCCCGCCACCGACCCUCGCCGCACGUCCCGACCCGAGAGCAGGCUAGGCUCGGAGAGGCAUCACAGCAGGCAAGGAACCCAUAAAGACGGGGCAGAUGCGCCACUUGGUGAGCCCCAGAUCGAAGUCACGCUGGGAGCAGAUGAAGAGGACGAGCAAGAAGGCGAAGCGGACGACAUGGAGGCACUCAGAUCCAAGCAUUCCGGAAGCCAGGCGAUCGCGUCCCAGGGCACUGCCGUAGCAGAACAUCCGCCAGCUCCAGCCAGGUCUGAGAUGCAUCCUGCUGCUGCUCGAAGGCAGAGCGUGCUCGGCAAAGCUAUGCCCAAUCUACCCCGCCAAGGAGUGGGGGUAGGCAUCGCGCCUAGACCAGCCGAUCAGCGAGCUGCUCCGCGACCGCCUGAAGGAGCCAAACGGUACGUUUCUGCCCCUGCACAGGCGGCUCGCACGUCUUCCAGACAUCAGGAGGACGAAAUACUUGCUGCAUCGCGAGCACCAUCUGCCUUGCGUCCGAGCGCCAUGGAAGACGUCGUCGCGCCAACCCUCGACGCAGAAGUGGAUGAACACGAACAGCUGGAUGAGAAUGAUCUUUUGCGCAUCAAGUUGGAAGAGCAUGAUAGAGCUAGGUACCCUGAUGCCGUCGACUUGGAGAUCCGACGACAACAAGAUGCGGGCAACAGGUACUUCAGCAUGGAAAGGAGAAACGGAAAAUCGCUCGCCGAAUGCAAGGAAACUAGCUUCCGCGGUAUCAAGUUUAAAAAGCUACAACGCCUCGGCGACGGAGGUUUCAGCAGCGUGUGGGCUGUGAGAGGUCCUAUGCAGAGGGCCAGCGAAGACGGCACGUACUUUGAACCUGCUGCCGAAGACGAGACGGCACUGUUCGCGAUGAAGCACAUCAGCUUGAAGAGAUUGGAGCCUCAAUCUAGAGUCGAUCUACUCCGAGAGGUGGAGACGCUCCAGGCUUUGGCAGAGAAGCCGGGCUACGAACAGUACAUACUUCGCUACUUUGGACACAAGAGCAGCUCGAGCGCGCUCAAAAUUCUUAUCGAGGUCGGCGAUCGAGACUUCAGCACUGUCCUCAAGCAAGGGCCUCUGCCACCGACCGAGAUUGCGCGGUAUUGGGUGCAGAUGCUCGAAGCAGUGCAAUUCAUUCACGUGCAAGCAGGGCUAGUGCAUACAGACCUCAAGCCAGCGAACUUCCUAGUCGUAGGCGAUCGACUAAAGCUAAUCGACUUUGGUAUCGCUCAAAAAAUACCGAUCGGAACGGUGCACAUUUCCCGCAGCAACAUUAUCGGCACGCCAAAUUACAUGGCGCCAGAGACAAUUUUUGCGCACGAGCAACGUGGCGUCAGCCUAGCCUCCGAAGACAGGGCGAAGAGGACAUACAAAGCUGGCAAGCCUUCAGACGUGUGGUCCUUGGGAUGCAUCUUGUACCAGAUGGUGUAUGGUCGACCACCGUUCGACGCCAUUCGAUCCGAUCGAAAGCUGGCCGCUAUCUGCGAUGUGAACCAUCAAAUCCCAUUCGAUAACAAGCGAAGGGACGAUAACGGAAGUGAGGUUGGAGAUGUGAAGCCUCCGCUCAUCGAGAGCAUGAGACAGUCUCUGCUCUGGGACGCCAAGAAGAGAGCUACGAUCAGGGAGCUUUUGAGCAUGGAGCUGGCCUGCCCUAAAACCAUCACGAUUGAUCAAUGGACCAUGCGGGACCUGAUCAGGCGGCUCUACACCAGCUGUGAAGAGAUGGGCGAAGACAAUAUCAACAUGUAUGCUGACAGAGCCUUUGCAAAUUUGUACGAGCGGCAACACGCUCCGCAUCAGAGUGAAGCCGAAGAUUGAGGGUAUUUGCUGGCUCCGACAUUCAUUGGUACAGCCGACUUGCACUUCACAUCUCCAGCCAUCGGACAUCUGACAUUCGCGCCGUCAAUCCUCUUCUACGAAAAGUCUUUCUCAUUUUCAUCUGCUCGACAGGACAAUGAUCUGUCCGAGCUCUCCAUCUUCUGUGUACGUGUCCUCCAUCCUCUUGACCAAUCUGCAAAUACCCAAUUCAAUUCACGAUUCGGUACCCGCAAUUCGAGAUGGGUCCGCAGAAAAGUGAUCAAGGCAUGCA